CAUAUUUUGGGUUGGUUUUUUACUUCAAAAUAUAGUCAACCCGACUCAACCCAAUUAGAAACAAACCGUAGGCGUUAAAUAUUUUAGGUGAAUUUGAGUUUAAUAUUUUCCAAACCGUAAUGCAUGAAUCGGGUGAUUAAAAUGGCUAAACCCGGACCACCGAUAAGUAUAGUUAUGUUUGUCAUCCUAAAACUGGACAAAAACAGUCAGACUAUUCACCUCAUCACCAAUAUCAGCGCAUAGGUUCGGCCCAACCCGUUUAUCCUUGAAGCCCGCCAAAACAAGCCCGCCAGAUAGUUUCUCUCUCCUCUUCUGCAGGUCGUUGAUUUUCUGUUUCCAGACAAACUUUCCCACGAAAUCCUCCGUUUCUCUCUCCAACUGUCGUCUCUCUCCUCUCCAUCUUCCAAGUCCAACUACGCGCAGAAAAGAAAGAAAAAAAAUCCAAAAAACAGAUAGACCCAUCUCAAAGAUUCUCUUUUUACUAGAGAGAAAGAACCAGAGAAUCCAAUCAUACUAACAACUCACCCCCAAUUCUCAAAUCCCACACCGGGAAAUCAGUUUUCCGAUCCCUAGAUUUAGCCAUCUAUUUCCGCCAUUGUUAAGGUGUUGCGACCACCAAUUUUACCUUUGGCUCUUUUUGGUCGUUAGGUUGAUUCUUCUUCUUUUCAGUUUCACUUUCCCUCAAACGAUCUUUUCCUUCUCUUUCUCUUCAACGAGCCCCUUCCCCUUCGAAUUUUCCAAGAAAGAGGAGGGAAGGGAUUUUUUUUCCCCGAUUUCCCCCCACGAUUUCUCUCCCCCUCUCCUCUACUCGACCCUUGAAUGAAAAUUCGAUCAAGUUUGAUUUCUGAGUCCCAAAUCGUAGGUUUGGGACUAAUCCUGCGAUAUCCUUUUAACCAUUUGAGUCCAAAAUCAUUUCUGAUUAGGACUUCAUCUUAGGAAUCAAAUCACUACUCUCUCUCUCUCUCUCUGCCGGUCGCCGGAACCCUAAAUCGGAGAUUUGGGGUCCGCGUGAUUUGCUUCGAAUCGGGCGCUUUCAGAUUAGGAGGAAAUCGGUCCCGAGAAGCUGAAGAUUCGUGGGGGAAAGUCCCGAUCUUUUGAAUGUUUGGGGAUCAGAAUCCAGAUGCUAAGAUAAAAUCACUUGGAAGCUAGUUUUCGCUUUUUGGGAGGAAACAUUCAUGGAGACUCGAUCUCCAUGUUUGGCUGUCGUGAUCCUUGGGGUUGCCUUUGCCGCCUUCUUUGCGGCCUUUGUUGAGUCUGAUCAUAGCUCUGAAUCGCCGCCGCCGCUGUCUAAAAGCAAGAAAUCGUCGUCACCUCCGCCGCCACCGCCACCUAAUUUGAAAGGCGAGAAACAAGCUUUUGAACAGCCACCACCGUCACCGCCGCUCGACCGUAAUGGCAAAUCCAAAUCCUCCUCUUCCUCCGACAGCGAGGAAAAAGAACAUCGCAAGAAACGGGAACACCAUCAUCAUCUGCGGCCGCCGCGGCAGAAACAGAAAAAGAGCAAGAAGAUGAACGCUGGGAAGAUGAUCGGAUUGGCUUUCGCGGGAGUUGCAGCUAUCUUGCAAGUAGCUGUUGUUGGGUUCUUGGUUUUCAAGAGAAAGCAGCUAAUACUGAAAGAUAGAUAUGAACCUUACUCUGCUUCAUGAGGUUCUCUUUUUCAGCUGCCUUACCUUCUGAUGAUUAUUUAUAUUUUUUUCUCUUCCAAUUUCGAGUUCUUAUAUCAUGAUUUGAUUCUUUGGAGAGGGUGGGGGGGCAAUGCAUCUUGUAAAAUUCUUUUGUUUGAGAUUCUUUGGUGGUGGUGAAAUUGAUGAUCAAUGGCAGCAGAGUUUGUGGGGAGGAAGGGAAGGUUUGUUUAUUUGGGUCCAAUGAGGUUUGUCUAUGUAAAAAAAGCAAAUUGGGGUAAUAGGUGAUUGGCAUUUUUCCUUCAUUUGACUGUUAUUUUAACUGAAAUCUCUUCCUUGAUCUUCUUUGAUCGUUACUCGGGCUUAUAAUGCAAAGUGGAGUUCACUCUGUCUCCCUUGUAUUAUAUCGGCUAAUCUUGAUUCUUUUAGAGUCGUGUUCUGUGUACAAUGCCUCAGGAAAUGAAGGGAAUGUGAAGGAUUGAUCUAUUGCCUGUGUCUCCUUAUCUUUUUUUUAGCUUUACAUUUCAGUUUGCAUCAUUGAUUAGAUUACAUUUUCGCAUUGUGAUAUCUGUUGAUGUAGUGAUAUGUCGAAUUCAACCUUGCAGAAUAUACAGAUCGAUUGCUGUUUCUGUUGUUCGAAGUUGCUUACUGGUUCUAGAUUGUCUAGAUAUUUUAUUAACCAGCUCUGGCCGGAAAGGUUGCAGAGUCUUCCUAGGUAAGCAAGUUUGAUGAGAAGUUCGUAUUGGUGACGGCAAUUUUCAUUUCUAAUGUGGGGAAACUGCAAAUAUCUGUGGGAGUCUAAAGUGAUCAUCAUUGUUGGAACCUGAUUUCAUAAGCAGUUAUCACAUCUUGGUACUCUGCUAUGGUGCUAGCUUUGCUUGUUAUUGACUUUCGAAUUUGAACCAGCCUACCCUUUAAUCAAUUAUAUCUCUUUGUAUCUGUUGCUGCUGAUGCAUUGGUCAUUGUUCUCGCUUGUAACUUGGUUAUGAGCAAGUAUCUAGAAGUAAAACAAGUUGAGCUAAGUUCGGUGGUAGACAGGUAGGUUCUCAUUGUUCAUAAGAGUGGAAGCUUGCUCAGUCAGAAGGCCGCUUGACAUAGAAGAAGGGAAGGAUAGUAUUUCCUUUCAGAAUAGAUGUAAAAGGAUCCAUGUUGACCUUGACAGUUUGGGUCAUUAGCUCUGGUCAAUUUAGGUUGUGGAUGUUGCAGGAUCGUUUUGAGUUGCAGAUCAUUAUGCCUUGGGUCAAUUUCGGUUAUCAGUUGGAAUUUGCAGUUUUGAUCUUACUCCUGACGAUGCAAGGCGAGACAAGUGGGUAGGAUUUGUUCCAGCAGAGUCAGGUCACUUCGGUUCGGAUUACGGGUUGAAUUCAUAUAGUUUAAUCGGGUUACAGAGUCAAUGAGGGUUUAUCCGAAUUGGACCAGCCAGUGGAGGGGAUCAUAAAUUGUACAGGAAAAGUCCAGAAAUUGUUGUGUAUCCAAUUUAACGAAUGCGUUAUUUGAUGGGAUGAGAUGAGGUGGAAUUGCGGAAACUUUAUGGUUCCUUGUUGUGUUUGAUAUGGGUGUUUGUGGGAUCUCAAUAUGAGCGUGAUUGUUAUAUAUUUUCUUUGGCAAGGAUAUGACCCUUUUGUUUUUAUGAUAAUGUAAAUUGGUGUUUACCUUCGAGAUUAUAUCGAAGUCUAUGAAUAUUUGGUAAUUAAUGGGAGUAGGUUGUUUGGCUAUGGAACAACGAUAUGAGUUUUUAAAGAACUAAGGUUUGGUUUAAUGGUAAUACAACUAGUGUUAAUCUUGGAGGUCAUAGGUUCGAAUUUUUCUCUAUUUUCUAAAAAAAAAAAAGACAAACGGAAAAUUGUUUGAUCAAGUAGUCAGAGAACAAAACAACCAAGUGCGAAAGUCAAUCAAUAGUCGACCUUUUGAUGAGAGUGCUUGUUUAGCCACAAGAUGGGUCUUACAAGUUGUAAUACUAAUACCACAUUAUGGAAUAAAAAAAGUUUAAGAAU